GCAGCACAAUGAACCGUGAGGAUGACCACCCUGACUACCCGCUCAGCUCGGAUCUAGUGACCCGACUGAAGCUGGCUCUGGAUGCCGGGGACGAGGGCGAGGUCGAAACCUUGCUCUGCGCACAAGUCCAGCACGCAGAUGCCACGAUCGAGCUGGCCAAUGACGACUGGAUGAAGGAGCCCUCCGCCCAGCUGCCCACAGCGGUGCUUCUAGGUGACCUGGACAGCCUGAAGUCGCUCAUGGACCAGUCCUUCUCGGAUGCCAACGUGGUGUUCGAGAUCCGUGCAGAUGAGAUGGAGUGGCAGGUGAAAUGCCCGGCCACCUUUGGACUGUCAGGCCGAGACGGGCAUGGGUGCGCACAGGUGCUGCUGGAGCACGGAGCCUCGGUGCACCUGGCAGGUGGAGAGGCCCGGGACACGCCCCUGCACGUGGCCGCGCGCUGCGCCCUGGACGAGCACGCGCGCCUCUACCUGGGCCACGGGGCGCGCGUGGACGCGCGGAACAGCCACGGGGAGACGCCUCUGAGCACCGCCUGCGGGGCGGCCUGGCGGCCCGAAGAAGACGUGCUGAAGACCUGUGCGUCCACCUCCACAGUCAUCGAAGUCCUCUUCAAUUCCUACCGCUGGCUCCGCGUGUCCGAGGGCUGGAAGGCCGCCAUCCCGGAGGAGGUGUUCCAGAUGCAUCAGCCCUUCUACCAGUCCUUCCUCUGCCUGGCCGGCACCCCGCGCUGCCUGCAGCACCUCUGCCGGAGCGCCAUCCGGAAGCUGUUUGGCAAGCGCUGUUUCCAGCUGGUCCCCCUGCUGCCCCUGCCCAGGUCCCUGCAGGACUACCUGCUCCUGGAGCCUGAAGGCAUCUUGCACUGAGGACCUGCUACUGAUGUGGAGGAGGAUGGGUACCAUGGUAACACCCCGGGGGGACCCGCUGCACAUCACUCUCGGUCUGAUGGGGGGUGGGGGGUGUAUGGCUCUCCGGAAUCACCCUGCGUUUGUAAUAAAAAUCCUUGCUGCUGCCCAGAGUGGGGAGCCAGGGUGGGGAGCUGGCGGCAUCUCGAGUCUCCUAGUAGAGGUUCCCCUAGAUCUGCGGUGUCCCUCUCAUAACCAAACCCAGCACUGCCAGUCCACUCCGACUUGCGGCCACUCUGGAGCAUCCAAGACCGUCCCUCUUCAUGGGAGCAGACAGCCUGGUCUUUCUCCCUCGGUACUCCAUGGACACUGCCUUGCUGGCAUUCGAACGGAAGGUCUGUGUCCAUCCUGCGUCCAGCAGGUCGGUCUCUGUGCUUCCUCGUAGGAAAAGGCCCGGUGGCACAGUGGGUUAGACGCUGGACUUCUCACCCAAAGGCCAGCAAUUCCAAGCCACCAGCCUCUCCCAGGAAGAAAGAUGAGGCUGCCUGCUUCAGUAAAGAGUGAGAGCUGCAGAAACCCACAGGGGCAGUUCUGCCCGGCCCCCCAGAGCGCCGGACUCGCCUCAGCGGCAGGGGUCUGGCGUCUUGGUCUGGUCACUUGCUGGGAAUGCGCACAGCAUCUCACAGUGUCUCCAUCACACCGGCACACCUGUCAGAAAUGACCGCAGGGGUGUCAGAUGCUGUGGUGCACCAGGAAACCAGGAGAUGCCUACCACUCCGUUGACAGUGCCAUUCGCCUGGCUGUGGAGGGCUGGGACCCAGCCUGCAGGAGCUCGGGGCUGAUGCGGAAACACACGUCAAAGGAGACGGCGGAAGAGGCAGUGCAUUUGAACGCCAGUGUAGGCACGGACCGCUGAAGGUCGGUGGACUGCCAGAACAGAGACCAUCUGGCAAGAAGUGCAAAACAAGGCUCCUUAGAAACAAGAUGGCGAGACUGUCACAUAGGAGACUGUCCUCAUCAGGAGACCAGGUCCUGGAGAAGGACGUCAUAUCUGGUAGAGCAGAGGGUCAGGGACACAGAGGAAGGCCCUGGAUGAGAUGGGCCGACACCGGGGCUGCGUCAGCGGGCUCAGACAUAAGACAGUGGUGAGGAUGGUUUCCCACGGGGUCGCUCCGGGUCAGAACCACUUGACGGCACUGAACAAGAGCUCGUUUAGUUGUGGACGCACAGGCUGGCAGCCCAGCCUCAGACCCCCAGGCAUGCCCACCCCAUACCAGGGUCCAGUCGCCAGAGAAGUUCCUCCCCAGAACAGGACACUCGAGUCCAGAACCAGAGUGCUGCCCUGGCCCACUGCUGCCCCAGGGGUCCUGAGAAGGACAUUGAGGGUGGGACUUGCACACGGGUCUCCGUUGGACACUGGUCCCAAACAAAGCUGAGAGGACAACACCAGCAGUCCAGCAGGGAGCACCAGGGGAGGGGGAGCAGGGGAGGGCAUGCCCAGGUUGGGAGAGGGCUGAUGGGCUGGAGCUUCACCAGGGAGAGAUGCUCAGAGGGCAAGCAUGCAGUAGGCGUCUUGGGUCCCCUCUCUUUUCCCAGGGGCCUCAGGCAAGAAGAGGGAGGAGGGAGGAGCCACGCCUUCAGGAAGGUGCCCAUUUGGAAAAGGACUGCAGGCGAUGAACAAAACCCCCUGCAGGAGUGGGAUGGAGGGUG